AUGGAUGAUGAUUCGAUCUUGAUCUCAUUCGGCGUGGCGUUUUUCUUCGCCGUCGUCGCAGUGAUUGGAGCAGUCGGCGGCUCCGCUUACCUCAUCCGCGUCGGCAUCAAACGCUGCCAGCAGCGCCGACGUGAGCGACAGGCUGUCGCCAACGAACUCGGCAGUCGGAGACAUGUUGGCGAGCGAUGGACUUCUCGACCCGCCUCUACGCCCACCACCAACUCCCCUCGCUCCCGCCUCUCUUUCCAACAACCCUUCAGAGACAAAGCUCACUCCACGGAGCUCGAGCACUGUGUUAGAUGCACGGUGCAAAUGAUUCAGCACGAUCUGACAACUGGAGGACAAUUCAACUGGCAGAACGACGAAUUUGAAAUCGUCGAUGGAAGUGUGGGCAAACGAGCUGCGAGGCUCGCCGCCUGA